AUAAGUGUUAGACGGAAAGUUACCGUCCCCUUAGCGUUUAUUUUAACAUUAAAAGAAAAGAUACAUACUAUUAAACUAAUGGAGUAUUAACAAGAAAAAAAAGAAAGAGUAAAAUACGAAAGGUUCCUUAAGCAAGUUUAUAAAUAUUUAUAGCCAAAAACAAAAGCAAAACCAAAAAUCACAAGUAACCCCAAAAGAAAAAAAGCAAAGAGAGAGGAAAAGAAAAAAAAUGACGAAGACGAUGAUGAUCUUUGCGGCGGCGAUGACGGUGAUGGCUUUGCUUUUGGUUCCGACUAUUGAAGCACAAACUGAGUGCGUGAGCAAGCUAGUCCCUUGCUUCAACGACCUGAACACGACAACAACGCCGGUGAAAGAAUGUUGCGACUCGAUUAAAGAAGCGGUGGAGAAGGAACUUACAUGUCUCUGUACAAUCUACACCAGUCCAGGUUUGCUCGCUCAGUUCAACGUCACCACUGAGAAAGCUCUCGGUCUUAGCCGUCGUUGCAACGUCACCACUGAUCUCUCCGCUUGUACCGCUAAAGGAGCUCCAUCGCCAAAAGCUUCUUUACCUCCUCCAGCUCCAGCAGGGAAUACCAAAAAAGACGCCGGAGCUGGGAACAAGCUCGCCGGUUAUGGAGUCACCACCGUGAUCUUGUCUUUGAUCUCAUCCAUCUUCUUCUGAAUUCCUUUACCCGGUUUUAUUAUUAUUAGCUCAAUAAAUUCUCGAGAUUUGUUUGCUUUUGGCUUAACUUAUUUAAUAUUUAAAGAAAAACAAAAAGUAUUUUUUGUUCACAUGUUAUGUAUUAUCAUUGAUUCAUUAUUGAGUCCCAUGUUAGUAUAUUUACCGGUUAUAAUCGGACUCUAUCAUUUGCAUAUCUGAUUUGAGUGUGGAUCUGUGUUGUUAAUUGAUGUAAUCUUUAUUAUAUAAAUUGAAAAUGAAAACA